GGUUACUCACCGCCACUCGUGUGUGUGAGGCAGCGUGUGAGUGCUGUGUGCAGGUAAACACACUAACACUGAGGGAGCGGAGAGGACUUUUCUACUUUGUACAUACAUUAUUUUGUAUAUACUGUUUAUGAUGACUUCAGUGGUUGCUGAUGCUGCCCGAGGCAAUCGGGACCGAGUGCAGCCACAGACCACACACACCUCACAGCCACAGAAACAGGUUCAGGCCACAGCAGAACAGAUUCGCCUUGCGCAGAUGAUUUAUGACAAAAACGAUGCAGACUUUGAAGGGAAGGUCCAACAGCUCAUUGAGGUCACAGGCCGAAAUCAGGAUGAGUGCAUGGUGGCCCUUCACGACUGCAAUGGGGAUGUCAACAGGGCUAUCAACUUCCUGUUGGAAGAGGUCACUGCCAAGGACUCAUGGGAGACAGUUGGCAAGAAGAAAACUGUGGGGAAAGAUGCGGUAACAACUGAGAACAGAGAGAGAAGGGCAGACAGGGAGAGCAGAGGCCGUGGGGGGCCAAACAGACGAGGCCGCGGUGCAUCCCGUGUCCAGGAAGUAGGACGCUCGGAGGAGAAUGGGUUUGACUCUGCUCUGGGAGACAGAGGAGGAGAGCGCGGACGUAGAGGAAGAGGCAGAGGUGCAGGAGGCAGAGGGAGAGGCAGAGGAACUGGUGUGAGUAGAUUCUCUCAGGGAAUGGGGACGUUUAAUCCUGCUGAUUACACUGGCCCUGCUGAAUCAGGAGAGGCAGUCAAUGACACUACUGAUGCUGCAGGAACCUGGAGAAGUAAUCUGGAAGAAUGGGCUGCAGAAGACUGGAAUGAAGAUCUUUCUGAGACCAAAGUGUUCACUGCCUCCUUUGUACUUGCAUCGGAGAACCACACAGCAACUAGCCAGGGGGUGGAUCUGAAUUCUCUGUUGCCUAAAGCAACAGAGGUGGAUUCAGAGCUGGCUGGAUUGGAGCCGGCGUCUCCCGAGCCGCUCAUGCAGAGCCUGGUGUUCACCAACUCUCAACAGCACACAGGCCGAACACACACACACAGCUACGCCUCGGCCGCUGCCAACAGCUAUGCCGCUGCUGCUGCUGGCACUUUUGCUCACGCUGCAUCGUCUUUAGGCUCCAGAGUGCCCCAACUUGAUGUACAGAAAGCUGAUCCAAUCAGUACCCCCCGACUUGCUCCUCUGUCCAGUCAGAUAACAGUUGCCCUGACCAAUGGCAGCUCAGCUGCAGAAUCCAGCGUUCCCAGCCCACCUGCACCUGCACCCUUGGCUUUGAGUGAACCCAAGGCGGAAAUCCCUGUUACACUGAGCCACUUGGAUUUGAAGGCCCAGCCCGACCCCUCCCCUAUUCUCAGUCAACUCACCCAGCACCACAACCCUAUCCUCCAAUCGGACCUGCCGGCUCAGGGACGAGAUCCAUCUCCCCCCCUGCCCCCUCACAACAACCCAUCCCCUGUGCUGAAAACCCUGGUGGAGACCAGCGCCCCCACAAUAGCUGAAGCCUCUCAGCCCAAACACAUCAGGCCACAGAGGCGCAGGCUGCCCCCUCCGUCUAAGAUUCCGUCUUCGGCAGUGGAGAUGCCAGGCUCUGCUGAUGUGUCUGGGUUGAAUGUGCAGUUUGGUGCCCUGGAUUUUGCCUCAGAGUCUGCUGUGGAGAGCCCCAGCCAGUCAGAAGCAAGCAGUCAGGAAAUGGCACCUACUGCUCAACCAACGCAGAGCAGCUUGUACUCCAAACCCAGCACUCUUAGUGAGCCAUUGAGUGGUCUUCCGCCUGCUCUGCCUACAACAGCAAUGGAGCCCAGAUAUCCCUCUCCAUCUUUGGGCUUAGCCGCUGCUACAGCAUCUGCUGCCUCAGCAUCCACUAGAACAGAACCCUCAAGGCUGUGCAAGGACUCCACCACCACCUCCUCCACUGCACCUCUCACAAAUGGAUACGGUGAGGUACGAACGUCCAGUACACAAGAUGUUGUUUCAAGCACUCCUCAGUCUGUGUCUAUAACUAUGCCCUCGUCAACCAUACCACCAUCGUCUGCACCAGCCCCUGCUCCAAGCACCGCUCUGCCCUCCCACAACAGUCAUGUAAGCAGUGGAGCUACAUUAGGCUCUAAUGCCCCCACAAGCACUGCAUUCAGUAUGGCCAGUGAUGUCAGCGGAAGUCCGUUGACACUCCCUUCUGGAUCAACAGUCAGCUCUGCAAGCUCAGUUGUCAACUCCAAUGGUCUAAUCACAGGCGCUCCUGGGCUUACCACCAAUGGCCCUUCUGCUCCCUCCACGGCUCGCUCUGCACCAAUGCAGACCAACACCACCUCUGGUAAAGCUCCACCCAAUCUAGCUCAAGGAGUACCACCUCUGUUGGCUAAUCAGUACAUCAUGGGUCCUGGAGGACUGCUUCCUGCAUACCCCCAGAUCUAUGGCUAUGAAGACCUACAGAUGAUGCAGUCCCGUCUGCCCAUGGAUUAUUAUGGGAUGGCCACCUUCCCUGGCACUGCCCCCCUUGCUGCCAGAGAUGGAGGACUAGCAAACAACCCCUACUCAGGUGAAGCCACCAAGUUUACGCGUGGUGAAGCAGCCUCUCCGGCACCCACGACCAGCCUUUCUUCAGUCGCCCAAUCCCAGUCAGAGCCAGGCACGGUUCCUCCUCAAACACAGGGCCCACAGAACCCCGGCCAGGCUUUUCUCAACCCCCCUCUGCCCCCUGGCUAUGGUUACACAAGCCUGCCCUACUAUGCUGGUGUGCCAGGUGUGCCCAGUGCCUUCCAGUACGGUCCCACAGUCUUCAUGUCCCAGGCCUCAGCAAAGCAACACGCAAUGGGGCCAACUGGCCAGUACCAGCACCAGGCCAGCUAUGGUCAGCACGCCUAUGCUUCAGGUUUUGAUGAUCUGGCUCAGGCUCAUGCAGGAGGAGAUUAUGGGAAAGGAGGAUAUGGAGGCAGCUCGCAGUCACAGGCCAAGCCCAGCAAUAGUGCAGGAAAAGCACCUGGAUUAUCAGGUUCUGCCAGCUCUGAUCUUGGUGCAGCAGUGUACAGCAAGACCCAGUCAUUUGAUAAGCAGGGUUUCCCUGCAGCGACCCCUGCAACGUUCAGCCUGCCGUCUGCAUUGGGAGGCACAGGACCCCUAAACCCUGGUGGAGCUCCUGGCUAUGCACCUGCCCCCUUCCUUCACAUCUUGCCUCCCCAUCAGCAGCCCCCAUCUCAGCUGCUACACCACCACAUGGCCCAGGACACACAGGGUCCACGCAAUCAGUCCAGCAGCAUGCAGAAGAGCCAAGGCAAAUCCAGUUACAGCAGCUCCCCCUACUGGGCCAACUGAUCGGAAAUUGGAGGUUAUGUGAACAGUCCAAUUCUCAACCUUCAGUCCUGCAGCUGGCCUGAAACACACAUUAUACACACACAUACACUUACACACUCACACACAAUCUCUCCCUACCCUCCCCACCCCCUCCAAAGUUUUCCUCUGCUUAUUUCUUUUGUUUGUUUUUCUUUCCUCCCAAUUCGGUGUUUCAUGUAAAAUAUUAAUGUAAGUAUUUAUAUAUACUGUAAAUGUUAAAAAGCCGAACAUGAGUUGUGGUCGCUCCGUUUUAUUUUUUUGAAGGAUGUUUUUUUUUUUUUUUGCUUUUGUUUACUUUUUAAAAACUGCAAAGAUGUAGCGAAAAGGAAAACUUUUGAGGGAGAUGGUGGAAAGAAAAGAGGAGGAGGGGAGAAGAUGGGGGGAUUAUGGGAGAGGUUAAUUUUAAGGAAAUGAAAGCAUUAAAUGCUUGUUACAUGGUGGGGUUUGCCACGAUAAAAGGGAAAGUGUUCUCCUUUACACUGGCUCCAAGGUUGUCAACAUAAAAAGAAUCCCGCAAUUUUAUAUUGAACUCCUGUUGCCCUCUGAAUAAAGGUUCUGAGCUAUUCA